CAUUUAUGUAACAUGGACACAAAAUCUAGUUGAAAAGCACAGUGCUACAAAAAUGCUGUUAGCCACAGUACCCUUGGCAUAUAGUCCCCAGGCAGAGACAACUGUCAGCGAUUUUACGACGUCAAGUGAUCAAGUUUCCAGAUUUUCGUUUAUUGCUGCGUUACAGUUGGAUUCUGGACGGAGUGUUGAGUUGCAUAUUUGCAGCACAACUCCAAAUGUUCCGUUACUUAACCGACAUAAUGCCCUGAUUCCACAACACCCGCUAGAGAUUGGUAAACAUAUCUGCGCAAUAUGUGGUGAUCGAGCAUCGGGAAAGCAUUACGGUGUCUACAGCUGUGAAGGUUGCAAAGGAUUUUUCAAAAGAACAGUUCGGAAAGAUUUGAGUUAUUCUUGUCGAGAAAAUCGGAAUUGUGUUAUUGAUAAGCGACAAAGAAAUCGUUGUCAAUAUUGCCGAUACAAAAAAUGUCAACGAAUGGGGAUGAAAAGAGAAGAUGUUAAACACCUCCCAGUUGAUGUCCAGUUCUAUCGAGGCCGAAAGUACAAGCAGUAGCU